UCAUACGUCAUUCCUCCUGCGCGCGGCCGAUGACACAAGAACACGCACUCAGUUCUAACUGAUUACAGUAGGCUGCGAGUUAAUGAAAUCAGUCUGAACAUUAAAAACAAGCGCAGAUCCUUUACAUUUGCGGAGAAAACAUCGACUUAAUUUUACAAACAAAACUAUAAGCUCGACUGUGUAAAGAUGCUCACAGACAUGAUAGAAGGAGAGUUUGAUAUGAAAGAAGAGGAACCGUGGUAUGACCAGCAGGAUCUGGAACACGAUCUUCAUUUGGCGGCUGAAUUGGGUAAAAAUUUACUGGAGCAAAACAGAGAAUUAGAAGAAACAAUCCAGCAGAUGUACAUCACCAACCAGGAGCAGAUGCAGGAGAUAGAGUAUCUGUCCAAGCAGGUGGAUCUGCUGCGGUCGGUCAGUGAUCAACAUGCUAAACUCUACGAGCAGCUGGACGCCAGUUCACAAGAGCUGGAGCUGAAAAACCAGAAGCUGACGCAGGAGAACCGAGCAGCGCAGAUAAAGAUCCAAGGACUCACAGAAACAGUGGACGGUCUGCAGACGCACGUGGAGGAGCUCCAGACUGACCUGCAGAAGAUGAAGCAGAUUGCUGAAGAACACAAACUCUGCAGAUCCCUCAGAGAUGAUCAGAGGGGGAAAUGUGCUUCACGCAGGAGCUGCGUCUCUCAGGAGUCCUGGGUCUGCAGCCGGCGGUGCUCUGAGCCGCAGGAGCAGAGGGAGGAGCUUCAGCGCUCUUUGCACUCCCUCCAGGCUCAGCUGAGGUCUGAAUGCGCUCUCAGAGAGUCUGCAGAGCUGCAGGUGGAGGACCUGAUGCUGCAGAUCCGCCUACUGGAGCCCAGAGCCGCAUUGGUGGAGGAAUACGAGGAACGGCUGCAGGAAGUGCAGGCUGAAGCCCAGGAGCUGCGGCUGCACUCCAGCACACACACACCCUCACUGGAGGAGGGCGGGGCCUGGCAGAAGGGGUGGAGUCUGCAUCAGGACAUGUCUCUGCUGGAUAAUGAAGUGGGUGUGGUCGAACUGAGGGGGCGGAGACUACCAAUACUAGAUGAUGAAGUGGGUGUGCUUGCGCAGAUUGAUGAUGAAGUGGGUGUGGUCGGACAGAGGGGGUGGAGCCUGCCAAUGCCGGAUGAUGAAGUGGGUGUGGUUAAGCAGAAGGGGCGGAGACUGCACAAAGACAUGUCUAUGUUGGAUUAUGAAGUGGGUGUGGUCCAACAGAAGGGGCGGAGUCUAAAGCAUCAGGCCUUGUCUCUAUUGGCUGAUGAAGUAGGCGUGAUGGGUCAGAACCUGCAACAGAGUUGGUGUUUAUUGGAUGAAGAAGUGGAUGUGGUGGGUCAGAGUGGGCGGAACCUGCAGCAUCAAGGCGGAUCUCUGUUGAAUGAUGGAGUGGGCGUGGUCACCCAGAGUGGAGGUGGUCUUUAUCAGGGUGUGUAUCUGGAUGAAUGGGAUGUGGUAGGCCAUAGUGGGCGGAGCCUGCAGCAUCAGGCAGCAUCUAUUCAAGAUGAUGAAGUGCGUGUAGUCAGCCCGAGUGGGCGGGGCUUGCAUAAUGGAAUGCCUCUGCUGGAUGAUGGAGUGGGUGUGGUCAAACACAGGGGGCGUGGCCUGCAGCAUCAGGGCGCGUCUCUGCUGAGUGAGGUGGAUGCGCAGUACGUCGCCCUGCAGGAGAAGUACGAUGCGCUGCUGCGCCGCUGCCAGAGCGACACGCCGACACACAACCAGAACACUGUUCCAACACACACACACUCCACACACAACCAGCAGCCCGAGUACAAAGCCCUGUUUCAGGAGAUUUUCACCUUCAUUCAGAAGAGCAAGGAGGACCUGAAGGAGAACAGGACCAAGCCCGAUCAGGCUGACUGUAAAUAAGCACAAAAAAAAGUGGGGCAGAAGAUUUUCCACUCAGGUAUUACUGGUAUUGGCAGUAAAUGUUAGUUUCAUAGAAACAGCAGGCAAAGCACACAAUGGAAAACACAAUUUUAAAGGAAACAGACAUGCUUUUUAUUAUUUAUUUUAAUUUUAUUUAAUAAUUUGAGACUUUAUUACAGACUUUAAGGUACUUUAAGGCACUGGUGGGAGGUGUGCGUUGGCUUGAAGCCGCUUCCCAAGUGCCUUAGUGUACCACUAAUGAUAAUAUACAGCCAAACGGCACUGCUAUUCCUGUGAUAUUGUGUUUAUACAACAGUUCGUCAGCAUAAUCGUGUAUAUAAAAAAGAUAAUCAAUCA